CAAUUUGGUUCUAAGUCUCGUCGCGUUUGCAUCGACGCAAUUUAUCGUCAUGGUGCUGUUGAAAGUGAUCAAAUAUCUAGUGGGCUGCGUUGUGCGUGUCUGCAAUGAGCUGUCCCAGAACAUGAAUUCACUUAACAAAAUGUUUAAAUAUCAUUUACUCGAGGCGAAUUAGUUAUGAAAUUAAAACUAUAUACUAGCUAAUACAUAUGUACCUGUGCACACACCUAUAUAUUUUAUACAAUACAAUAUAAUUUUUUACACAUCUAGCAAAGAUGCUAAUUAAA